AUAGAAACAGUAUUUAAUUUAUUUUAAUUACAAGAAAUGUUAUAGUCAACCAAUUAAGGGAAAUUUAAACAACAUGGAAAUUAGUGAUAGGAUUGAUUUGUUCAAGAAAUAUUUUAUGUAUUUCUGCUUUUAAAGGCAAAUACACAAAACACCACAAGAUGCCUAAUGAAACAUGAGAUUUGAAGAUUAAAUCUAUGAUAUUAAGUAAGAAUCAGGGUGGGUCUGAUAAACAUUCAAAAAUUUUCCCUUUUCAACUUUGUUUUUUGAUUUUUGAGAGAGAAAAAAAAAACAGUCAUUAAACAAAGUGACCAAUUUAUUUGAAUAAGAAUCUACUUGCUGCAAAAUGAGCCAAUAGGACAUCACCAUGACCUUGGCCACACCUUGGAAUUACUGGUUUGCAGCAUUAUUUCCCUAUCCUUCUGAAACCUAUUCAACAUGAUACCAAACAAUAGUAAUUCUGGCAAGCGUCCUUCUAUAUACACAAAGAAAAAAAAUAUUUCAGAGCUUUGCAUGUGAUAACCCAAGUGUCACAGACAGAAUUUAGCUCAUACAGUACCAACACUCACUGGAUUCAACAUUACAAUAUGGCUUUAGUUUUUAGAACUAUGGCACAAUUAGUUGGACUUUCAUUAUCCUUGCUGGGAUGGAUUUUAUCUUGUCUCACAACUUACUUGCCACAGUGGAAGAAUCUCAACUUAGAACUAAAUGAAAUGGAGAACUGGACCAUGGGACUCUGGCAGACUUGUGUUAUUCAAGAGGAAGGAGGGAUGCAGUGUAAGGAUUUUGAUUCAUUCUUGGCUUUGCCUGCUGAGCUGAGGAUCUCCAGGAUUUUAAUGUUCCUAUCAAAUGGAUUUGGAGUUCUGGGCCUGUUGACAUCAGGAUUUGGUUUGGAUUGUUUAAGGAUUGGAGAAGGGCAAGGAGAGCUCAAGAAGCGGUUGAUGAUCCUGGGAGGAAUUCUGCUGUGGCUUUCAGGAAUUACAGCCCUUAUCCCAGUAUCUUGGGUUGCCCACAUCACAGUUCAGGAAUUUUGGGAUGAGACCAUUCCAGAUAUUGUUCCCAGAUGGGAGUUUGGAGUAGCUCUCUUUGUUGGCUGGUUUGCUGGAUUUUUUCUCAUUAUUGGAGGUUCUUUACUUAAUUGUGCAGCCUGUUUUACUCAAAUAUCUCCAUCCUUUGAUCAUUAUACAGUGGCAGAACUUCAAGAUCCAAUUCAAAAUCUGGAGAUGAAAAAUACCCCUCUGAAAAUCUAAGAAAAAGGCAACGGUCUUUCUUAAAUUAAAUUUUCUAUACAAGAUACUUGUUCAGCUCUGGAUUGGAUACAAUUAUCUGCUCUAUGGCCAAAUGUCUAGUAUGUUCUUUAAUUUUCUAAAAUGCAUUCUUCCUUUGGCCAUUAGGGUUUGAAGCUAUGAUCUUCUUCUGAGACUGAAAAAUCAUUUUCAUCUUCCACUCUGAGACCUAAACCAAUCAAGACCAUUGAUGUGACCUAUUUUCAUUGCAUUUGAUGAGUUCCUCUAAAUUUUUAAAUACUUUUGGUGAUCGCACUGAACCGGUAAAUAAAACAUUCUAUUAGUUUGUCUAUACUUAAGGGUUAUACACCAAAUACCCACUUGAAAUGUACUUGCUAAUCAUUGCAGCACCUUGUGUUUUCACAUGACCUGUUACAAUGAAACCACAGUAUAAGGUCCAUUGCACAAAUGUUUUCUUUAUAUUAGUGCCAAUUUUUUUUUUUCCCACAUUCAAAGUCAUUUUCUGCUCUUUAAAAGCUUAAAAAGGAGGGGAGGGGAGAUGUUUGAUGAAUUUUUUUAAUCCACUAAAGGCUCCAGUGCCUAUGUUUUUAUGUUUACAAAAGAGCCAAUUGCUUUCAUCAACGCCUCCCAACAUAGUGAGAACAGAGAAGGACCAUUGUAGGAUAGGCAAAAAAUUGAGGAGCUAUUAUUGAAGACUGAAGAAAAAUAUGCUCAAGAUUUCAUCAAGUGAAAGUGUUUCUACCGGUCCCCAUUCAAGGGUCUGUAUCACAACCCACCACUCACUAUGGUACAGCUCUCAGUGGCAUUUGCAGAACAAUACUGAACAGAAAACACCCAAGCACUCAGUAAUGGGAUUCUUUGCCCAGGAUACGUCUCUCUGGGUUGUGCCAGUGUGUAAUUAGUCUUAUUACAAAACUCAUUUUCUGAAGCCUUUUGCUGACUCCCAGAAUGAAAACAUGCUUAAAAAUGUUGAGUUCCUUAUCAGUGAUUCACAUUGACCUAUGAAGAACCAUAGAAAAACAAACUGUUGGCAGGGGGAAUUUUUAAUAAGCACAUUUAUACUUGCCAUAUAAAGAUUUCAUGCAAACUCUUCUGCUCCAGCCAAAGAGGGAGAUCUUAUCUGUAUAAUCCGAUGCUCAAAUAAAAUACCAGGCAACGAGUAUCUUUGUUAAAAAAUUGUAUUUUUUUCCCCAAUCACAAACACAUGGAAAGUGCAGAGACAAAAGUUAAUCUAUGUGAUGUAUUUGCAUACUUUUACAAACAAGACAAAUUAGAACAGAAAACACAUUCAGAAUUUAACCUGAUUAAAUAUUUAGUUCAGUCCUGAGCAUUUGAUAUUUAAUACAGUAUAGAUAAAGCAAUAGCAAAAAAAAAAAAGAUUUUUAAAAUUACUUGAUUUGUAAUUUACAAAAUUCAGCUAAACUUUGUUCAUUUGGCUAAUAACAAUAUUGUUCUUGUGUAUGUAAUACUUAAGAGUUUGAUAUGCAAAACUGCAAUAACAUAUUGACAAUUGAAACAGGAGAUCUAAAUAUUGUAUUGGUUAUACUCUUUCAAGAGUAAAUUCUAUUUUUAAAAUAUUUGUAAGAUUAAAAUUCAUGAAUUAUCCAUUUUUGAUCAGUUAACUAACUUUUUUUCACUGUGAAUAAUUUGGGUUAGUACAAAAAUAACAAAAUUGUUAAAAGCUGCCCAUAAAUAUGUAUGUUAUGUAUGUAACAUUAUGGCUGAUUUUCAAAGUGAGGGAAAAGAGACAUGUUAAAAAUGUUCUUCAUUUUUAAAAUGAGUAAAUUUUUAAAAAUCUUUUUUAAAAAUUUUGAUCUUGGCCAUAUCUAUUAACAAAUAGCCUGAGAUAGUUUUUAUUCUUUACUAUUCCUCCAAAUUUUUAAAAAAGUUAUAUAUAAUUAACAGCUAUUAUGGGAGGACUCAUAAAGCUAAAUAUGAUCCAGUAUGGCCUCUUUCAUGUCAGAUAUUUUAAAUGACCAGAACUGAACUAUAUUAAACAGAACAUAAAUAAGACUGUAAAUAAAUAAAGAAAAUAAAAUCAUACAGCACAACUACACAUCAUUCUAGACACAUUUUACAGAAAUAGACUAAGAAGUUGAAAACAGUCGACCUUCAUUUAACCUCAUAUUAAAUAAACUUCAAAACUUCUGCAGUUCACAUUUGACCUUACAAGGAUGAAUGGUAUUUAUUUUUGUUGGUUUUCAUACAUCUUAAAAAGACAGAAUUAAGAGGGCAACCUUGAAAAAUCUUGGUUCACUCACUUAUUCAAAGCAAUCCAGUUAUGUCUUUUGAAAAUAAUAAUUCACAUUGCUUUGCUUUGAAUGCACUGGUACAUCAACAGCUCAAAAAUAUGGCUAAGUGGUUUUUUUGUACAGAAAUUAUAGGUACAGAAUUUGCUGGCCUUGAUGUUUUAGUGACAUUAAAAAAGAAAAAAAAAAAGUUCUUUUCAAGAUAAAUUACUUGUUUGUGUAAGGAUUCUAGCUUAAGAAUAAAAACACUGGUUCAAAACCACUCUGAAUGUGAUUUCUUUUUCUUGAAUGUGAUUUUAAAUCCCAAAUAAAACUGAUUUAGGUUCCUCUCAUACAAAGGUUAUUGAAAUAUUGUUUCAUCAGAAUUAAGAGAGUAGAUGAUAAAGAGGCUGAUAUUAAUUUAAUUUACAACUGCAUAUAGCGUUUUUCUUUUAAAGCUCUGUCAUUUACAAUAUUGACCCUGAAAUGGCUAUAUUAAGAACUUGCUUCUUUUAAAAAGGAACUGGUUUAAGUAAAGUUAAAGGUUCUAUUGUGAAAACCCAACAACUCUAUUUCUGGAUACCUGUUUAUCUGGAUCUAGUUUAAAAGCAAACUACUUUUACAGAAAGAAAUACAACUAGUUGGGGUGAAUUUCUGCCAAUUGUUCUUUUAGAAAACCCUUCAGACUUUCAAACAUUCUGGUCCAUGAAGCGCUGGUUUGAAUUCUGCAUAUAGUGCUUUUCUUUUGAGUCAUAAUUUAGAUCUCAAAAAGAAAGAUAUCCUGGUACUUGGUCACUGGUUUUCUCACAAAAUUUAUUUGGUAAUUUUUCUCUGCCUCACUAGUUUUGAUGGCAUUGUAAAUGAAAUCACGCCUCAUUCUUCUAGUCAGUAAUACUAUGAUGCUUGUGGCAGAACAUUACUAAUAUCUCUAAAAGUGAUUACACCUCAAAGUAAGUGCUAGCUGUGAGCACUUGUGUAAAUUCACCCUCAAGUUUUAAGAAGCAGCUGCCCAUCAGGUGGUUUUAUUUUCCUGAAUUUUAGUUAUUUACUAUCCUCUUUAAGUAUCUUUCUCCCUUUGAUGAAAUAACAAGUUACAAAAUCUUUAGUGCAGCCAAAAGUACUGUACAUUCACACAGUUAUAUUUAUUCCUGCAUUCAGUACUAAAAUGUUAACUAUUUUACUUAGACAAAUAUAAAAGGCCCAAAAAAAGAAGGAAUUUUUUUAAGGAAACAAAAUGUUCUAAUAUAAGUAAUAGAAAUUAACCCAGCACCUGUUUGGGAUGGCCUUACAGCCCUGGAAAGAAGCUUAUUAGAUGCAUGUUGAAUUCAAACUUAAAGAGUUAUACUCUUCUUGUAUAAAAAUAUUGCAUGGCACAGUUGCCAUCUUCACAGUCUACUCACAUGAAAAGAGGGGAAGAGAGAAAUCUUUUGACUAUAGUAUUUCUCAACAGUGCAGUUCAACAGGAUACACACUGGGUAUUUGUCUGUACUCCAUCUUUACAAAAUAAAAGCCCACAUGUGAUGCACACUAAACUGUACAACAUCUGUGUACCAGAAUUAUUCCAUUUUGGACAUUCAAUUUUUUUCCUUUUUUUUUUUUUUU